AGUAUCGGCGCUGAGUGUGAUGUGAACAGUCAGAUCAUAAUGGCGACUGCUGGAACAGCAGACUUGGGAUCAACAGCCACGACAGGGACCAGCAGUAUUCGAAAAGUGGCCCCUCCAGAGAUGCCUGGCUCUUCAGGCACCACUCAAAGUAUGAAGAAGACCAUUGGACACCGAGGCGUUGAGACCACCACAGGAGAGACCACCUAUAAAAAGACCACAUCAUCUGCCCUCAAAGGUGCCAUCCAGCUGGGCAUUGCUCACACAGUUGGCAGCUUAAGCCAAAAGGCGGAGAGGGAUGUUCUCAUGCAGGACUUUGUGGUGGUCGAAAGCAUCUUCUUCCCCAGUGAAGGCAGUAACCUGACUCCUGCUCAUCACUACAGUGACUUUCGCUUCAAGACCUACGCUCCUAUUGCCUUUCGUUACUUCAGAGAACUGUUCGGCAUUCGGCCAGAUGACUACCUAUACUCGCUGUGUAAUGAGAAACUGAUUGAGCUGUCUAACCCUGGAGCCAGUGGAUCGCUCUUCUACGUCUCUAGUGAUGAUGAAUUCAUCAUCAAAACUGUUCAACACAAAGAAGCAGAGUUCCUCCAGAAACUCCUGCCUGGUUACUUCAUGAAUAUAAACCAAAACAAGCGCACGCUGCUUCCCAAGUUCUACGGACUGUAUUGCGUUCAGGCAGGCGGCAAGAAUAUCCGUAUUGUAGUGAUGAACAAUCUUCUGCCUCGGAUAAUCCCCAUGCAUCAAAAAUUUGACCUGAAGGGUUCCACAUACAAGAGACGAGCUUCCCCCAAGGAGAGAGAAAAAGCUGUUCCCACAUACAAAGACCUGGACUUUAUUCAGGAUUUGCCUGAUGGACUGCUGCUGGAAGCCGACAACUACAAUGCCCUCUGCAAGACUAUACAGAGGGACUGCUUGCUCUUGCAGAGUUUCAAGAUCAUGGAUUACAGUCUUCUCAUGGGUAUCCACAACAUGGACCAGGCCAAUCGUGAGCGGGAGCGUAGUGGAGGCAAUUCAGCCGACAGCGGGGGAUCAGAGGGAGCGGUGACCCCAGAUCAGCGCCGGCCACAGGCCCAGAAAAGUCUGUACUGUACAGCAAUGGAGUCCAUCCAAGGGGAGGCUCGAGGGAAAGGAGCAUUGGAUUCUGAAGACCACACGGGGGGUAUUCCAGCUCGUAACACUAAAGGAGAGAGGCUGCUGAUCUACAUCGGCAUCAUCGACAUUCUCCAGUCUUACAGAUUUAUCAAGAAGUUGGAGCACUCCUGGAAGGCACUGGUCCACGAUGGGGACACCGUGUCAGUUCACAGGCCUGGCUUCUAUGCAGAACGUUUCCAGCAGUUUAUGUGCAAUACAGUGUUUAAGAAAAUUCCACUAAAACCAUCACCAUCUAAGAAGAGUCGUGGUGGAGGUCCGGGCGGUCUCAGGAGGGCUCCAACAUUAGGAGGUCCCACACCACUAUCCCAAGCAACAGGGCAGUCAUCUAUAGACUCCAGACUAGUCUACCAUAGCCACUUCAGAAGCACAGAGUCAGAGGCUGAUGGUGGUGUGCAGUCAGGCAGGCCAGAUUUAGUUCCAAGGACUCCUCCGCCGGUUGAAAACCUCGCUGAUUGUGAGGCAAACUUGUCCACCUCAUCAUUAGGCAGCACAGGACUUGUCUCCACAUCUCCUCCCUUGCAGUCUGUAGGGGUGGAAGUGCACAAAUCGGCGAACAUAGACCAUGACCAGGGUUCCCCCCACAGUUUGGGAGCAGUAGGGAGUGCAGAUAAUACAGGCAACUUGUCUGGAAAUGAAGAUGUAGUUUCAUUAUCAGAUAUCAUCCCUGAGACCAACAUCUGUUUUUAAAACGGACUCAGUGCCAUCGAACAACAUGUUUCUGGAAGAGGUGAGGUGAGAAGAAUAGAGACGGUAAAGCUCACUCAGCCACCAUAGAUGCUCUGUUGCACCUCUGUAAUGUUCUCAACUCGUGGGAUGUUGGAUGAAGAAACAAAGUGCAGUGAGCAUUGUGACAGUGAGGGAAGCACUGGUGAGAAGACUGAGGUGAAGACGUGUGUGGUAGGCUGUGUGCUGUCUCAGCCAUCAACAUUGUCACUCAUUUUGUCCACACUUAUUCCAAAGUCCCACUUUAUCUCACAAACACCUUUGAAAAAAACUGAUAAUCUUGAAUUGACAGCUUUUCGGUGUUAAUAAAUGAAGGUUAUGCUUCACAGCUGAAUAAAUCUGGGUCAUACAACCCUGCCAACAAAUUCUGACAUUUAACAUGUCUGUUUGCUGUGAUUGGGUCGUAGGCAGUAGACCAUUAAAAUAUCUAUACUGGGUUUGUUAAUGUAGCUAUGAUGAAGAUUCAGUCAUCCUGUCCACUUCAGCAGCAUGAAUCUGAGUGGGCGCAGACAGCAGUUCAGCUGGAAUACACACACAUACACAUACACAUACACACCUAAGAGCACAUGAAGGGUAAAGCCUGAAUUUGUAGGAGUGAAUAUUUUGCUGUGCUAUGCUCGGUCCAAGUGGAUUCACAUUUCCGUGGCUUACACUCAAGUGUUCCUGUUAUCACACAUCCAUUUCCUCCUCAGCAUUUGUCAUGAGCAGGAGCACUCAGUUCUCACAUCAAUAGAGAUUAAAAAAAAAAAAAAAAGAAGCUCAAAUCAUCACUUGCUGCUGUUGAUGCUACAAUCAUUUAUGUGUUUCUUUUUUUUUUACUGAAUGCAGAUGUAGUGUUUCAUAUUUUGAAAUAGCAAAAGGAUGGUUUGAACCAGACCUCCUUUUGCCAUUUCUCAGGCAAUUUUGUUUCAUGUUUAGUAAUAAGUUAUUCUGCUGGAUGCCACAGUGGUGCUGCAAACGUCCAAUUAGAUCUUUCCACUGCUGAAUAUAUAUUGCAAUGGUUUUCUUAUAUAAAAAGUGUCUUAUUAACAUGCAGAUCACAUUUGUCCAACCCGGAAUGUCUCCCCCUCUGAUGUGACCAUACGUGCUUAAGUGUAAAUAAAUGCAGACUAGAGGAGUCUAAAGCAUUGCUGGAGAUUAGAUGCUGUUAGAUGAAGUUCUGUAAAGUUUUUAGAAUAGAAAGAAUUUUCGUCAUGUCAUGUCUGUGCCUUUACAUGUUUUGUUUUAAACCAUAACUGGUGAUGCAUGACUACUCUAUACAGAUUAAUGCUAAAAUUACACGCAGAAACCUGCCUUAUUACUACAGCUAAAGUCAUCAAACUGCCAUUUGUAUGUGUGGACCAACAAGUCAGUUGUCUGGGUUAAAAGAAUUUUAAUGCAAACACUAAUACAAUCUUGUUCAGUUACCUGUAUGUGAGCUGUUGUGGUCACUAAUCCUUUUAAGUCUGCUGACAUCAAACAGUUAAGAUGUCUGUCUUAUGAAUCAUUUCUGCUGGUUACAGAAAUGAAACCUUCCACAUCCACUCUUGGACCAAUACUAUCAGCCAUGUGUGUAACUAGUUUUUGUAUUUUUAUUUAGUCUUACUCAGAUUUUACUAAGCUAUUCAUAAAAAUAGUGCUUUGUUCUUGCAAAACUUUACCUUUUUUUGUGUGCGUUUGGGGCACUAAACAAGUCUCUGUGUUUGCUAGCACAGAUUUUUACUCUGCAAGAUAUAUCUGGAACAGAGAUUUCAAAUCAAUCAAAAUUUCACGUCAUCUCAUCAAUAUUUGUUUGGUAGGCACAUGUGGUCUAUCCAGCCGAGAGGGAGAAGGGGAGGAAUGUGAGUUGUGGGUAUAGACAGCAGGAAAAUAAGUCUUGUUCAUCAAUGCACAGGGGAGGAUUUAGGACUAAGUCUUUUGCUUUAUAUGUCAGUUGUGGCACCAAAGAUAUGUGCAGAGCAGAAUGAGAGGUCUGAACCCACAAAGUGCAGAACUCCUGCAAAUAUUCAGGAUCCAGCACUGAGGGAAUAAUGAAAGUAGACACUCCUUAACAUCUGCAUGGGCUCAGUUGUCGAACAUGGUAAAAACACUGGGUUGACCUGUGUUAAAGGAUCUAAUUGAACUGGAUGUUGUUUGUUAAGUAAUGUUAUGUUUGAUAAGAUUUAUCUGAUAUAAACCCAGUCUUGUAAAGGUUAUUUUAUUCAUCGCAUCAUUGACUUUGCUUGAGGAGUGACAUUUCAUAAUGAAUCCCCACAUUCCUGUGAAAUUCAACUACAGUUACCUGUGGUGGCCCUUAGAGUUCAUCUUUAACAACCGUUAAUGUAGUUUGGAUGUUGAACUUAAAAAGACUUGUCUCGGGCGUGAAGCUUAACCUUGUUUUUUAUUUGAGAGAUGCACAGCCACCAAAGAAAAACACUCCUUUUUUUUAUUAGAAAAAUCCAGAUUGAAUAGUUAUGUUACGAGAAGCCUGCAAUGUCAUCAUUUGAGACCCCUCCUACAUUUUAUUUAAAUGGUGGUACUGUGUAAGGUGGCAGUGGGUAUGUACUAUACAUACAUAACUUCUGCCACAGAACUGUUCUGACAGCACAAGAGUAACAUUGUAUUCUGGUGCGAAAAAGGUGCAUUCAGUAUCGACACUACAGUAUAUUUUGAAGUAAUGCAAUAUGAACCACAAUCCGCCGCCUUUCAGUUCUAAGAAGUAUAUUUAUUAAUAUGAUUGCUAUAGGCUGAGAGGUCAAAGGUUUUAUGUAUUAUGUACCUUAGAUGAUUGUACAUAUACUGUAUACUUACAGAAGGAUGUCUGAAACUUUAUAGCAUGUAUUGCCUAUGAAGGGGGAGUAUUUGACAAUUUCACUUUUUAUAUUUCAUGUUUAGAUUGUGAUAUGAUAGAUAUAUUCUCUCCAUAAUGAUUGUGGGUUGUUAAUCUCCCAUGCUUUUCUACAUGAAUGUUUCACACGGCUUCUGAGCCAAUGUUGCUGGUUGUCCUAUAUGCUUCAACUACUAUAUUUUUACUGUGUAUAAAAUGUGUAUAUGUACAUACGAGUCACGGAAAUGCCUUCUCAUGCAAUAUGUGCUGCCUGUCCUUCCUGCCAUGUUUCAGUUAUGUGGUGGUGAUGUUUUCAUGUCUGAUUUUAAAGGAUUAAACAUAUUUUCUAAAUCUAGU